AUGAUCAUCACCAACAACAUCCUUUGGCUCACCAUCGUUUCAUUCGUAACCGUACCAAUUCGAGCAUCAGAGACUAAUCAAAAACCACUCGUUCCACCCAACCCCAGCAAAAUGGAGGGCUACGACCCAGACACGACUCCCUCCUCCUCCGGGGGGAGCAGAUGGACACCCGUCCUCGACCCCACCAACAACAACACCAUCAUCGGCCACCACUAUUCCGGCCUCAACUACAACGUAGACGAGCCCUGCGCGCUGCAAACCCUCGAGAUCUGGCAUCCUGCAACGCCGGCCUCCAUAGCCCACGGCAAGCCUUCACUCAACGAAACCUACGGUGCCGGCAGGGAAGCGCCCUGGCUGGUGUACAUUCACGGCGGCGCCUGGCGCGACCCGGCCAUCGACUCGUCCUCCUUCACCCCCAGCGCCACCAAGAUCCUUUCGUCCCUCUUCCAGAGAUCUUCGUCUCCCAUCAAAAAACUGGCCGGCAUAGCCUCCAUCAACUACCGCCUCUCCCCCUACCCCAACCACCCCACCAGCCCGUCCGACCCCACGGACGACUCCCGCACAGCCCAGCACCCCGAUCACAUCGCCGACGUCUUGACCGCCAUCGCCCACCUCGAAAAGUACUACGGAAUGAAGAGCUACGUGCUGGCGGGCCACAGCUGCGGCGCGACGCUGGCCCUGCAGGCUUGCAUGGAUCCUGCUCGGUGGGAGAAAGAUGAUGACAACAAGCAGGGAUGGGGACCGAAAAUGUUUGUCAAAGGAGGGCUAGGCGAUGGGUACGGAGGGGUGCAAGAGGUCGCAAAGCCCAGGACGGUGGUGGGGUUCAACGGGCUGUAUGAUCUCGCGGGCUUUAUCGAGAGUCCGCCACAGGGGUAUGAGAGGUGGAGGGAGGCUUAUAGGGAGUUUGUUACGAGUGCGUUUGGGAGUGAUGAGAAGGUGUGGAGGACGGCUUGCCCGGCAAGCGCGGGGCCGUCGUGGGUUAAGGAGUGGAAGUUGACUCAGCGAGGGGAAGAAGGGAAGAAGAGAAAGGCGGUAUUGGUGCAGAGCUUGGAGGAUAGUUUGGUGCCGGUUGAGCAGACAGAGGGGAUGGCGAGGUAUCUGGAGAAGGAGAAUGAGCAGGUAAAUGGAGACAAUAAGGUUGAGGUGGCGGUGUUGAGGGAGGAGAAGGGUGGGGAUCAUGAUGAGGUUUGGCAAAGGGGGGAUAGGUUGGGGGAGAUUUUGGUGAGUGUCCUGGAAGGAGAGAUUUGA